ACACGAGCAGCAUUUGAAACGGUGUUGUGCCUUGCUGGAAGUGUGUUGGUGUCUGUGCGUUGUAAAUAAAUUGACAGUAUUACGGUGACUUUGAGCGAUUGGUGUGAAGGAUACGCAUUAUUGAUACCCAAUAGCGAACAAAUAGAAGGAGAUAUAUGCAAGAUAAUGUGUGUAGCAGCCGAGUGAGACCAUGAUGUUGGGGGAGACUGUGGUCCUGGGAGUGGGAGGAGGAGGCAGCGGCAACCUGCUUCGACCCCGCUCAGCAGACAACCUUGCCCGGCUCGCCCCUGCGUCUUCCAUGCCCGCUCUCGAUGAUCUCACCGAGUCUGAAGUUUUCGUAGGUGAAGAAGAAGAAGAAACCGUAUUAGUGAGUAAUGGAAAUGAGAAGAAUGAGGACUUCCGUGAACGUCCAAAGUCCCUUCAGGAAAUAUUGGCACCAUUUGAUCAGGUGUCACCGUGUGAUGGCACAACACCGGAUUUGCAUUCCCCUACAAGCCCUACCCCAAUACCCACCACCAACCUUGUGAUUACCUACCAUGACGAAAGCCUUCGUCUUCCUUUGGAUGCUGUGAAAGAAGAAGUCGAGGCAGAAGCAUUAGAGGAAGCGAGUAUGAUUCUCUCGAGUGGACCUGGCUCACUCAGCCAUACUUCGCUCGCCUCUUCUGUUAUCUCAAAUACUUCUUUAGAUGAUGCCACCCUAUCCUCUCGAACAGAUACUCUCGAUACAGUUAUUGCUGUGAAUAUUAUACGACAAACACCCUCUCCUGAAUCUACCACCAGUAGUAGUCCUAUGCCAGCAAAAACAUCCCCUCCCCCUCGGCCUGGUAAUAGAGAUGCGGCGCGCGUGUCUGGAACAACGCCCCCAAGGACGUCUCCUACUUCUCCACGCAGUUCUGGCCGUAGCUCUCCAAGGACCUCUACAGAUACCCCACGUACUCCUGAGAGGCGUCGCAAGACAGUUUCUGUGUCUUCACCCCGGAGUGACAGCAGUAGAGGCAGCACGCCGAGAACACCUGCUUUGCGCACAACGCCUCGUACCUCAGAGAAACCCAAAAGCGAAGAAAAGAAAAUCCCUAGAAGCUCACUACGUAGUUCAACGAUAUCGACUGAAAGAAAAUCGAGCUCAAGGUUGCAUGAUACAGCCAGAAAAGAUGCCGAAAAAUCCUCUAGUCAUUUACGCACCAAAUUAACCGAUAAGGAUCACACGGAUGAAAGCCGCAGUACGAGCUUGUUGCGAAAGAAGAAAGUUGAGACCAAAGAUACCAAAACAGAAGCAGACAAAAGUGGCACAUUGGGAAGGAAAAAGAAGGAGCCUAAAUCAGAAAAGGAGGAAGUUGCUGAAAAGUAUGGUACUUUAGGCCGAUGUAGAAAAGCAAAAGAAAGUGGUGAUGCCAAAGAUGAUGGGAGAGACCAUGGUAUAUCAAAGGAUACUAAACAUACUCUGGAUAUGUAUGCUACUCUUCCAAGACGCAAAGCUCGAGAAAUGAGUGCUCGAUGGAGAGAACAAAUGGCCUCAGAAGAGGAGGCUGCAAAGGUAUCACUAAGGCGAACAAAAUCUAUUGGGAAAACUGAAUCUUCUAGUAGCUCCUCAUCCUCAAGGGGCCGGAGCACGAAUUCAGUAAUGACGUCAAGUUUGCCUUCAAGUGCACUGACAGGUCUUUCAAGAGCUCGAAGCCCUCGAAGUACCCACAGGGAGCCUAGACCUGUGCCAGGGUCGUCAUCUUCGACCACCCGCAAAGAGAGAACCAUCAUCUGCUUGGAGACAGCUGUUCAGACUUCCCUUACUGGGAAUGAUGUCAGCUCAGCAAUGAGAGCUCUAUCUCGUCAGAAUUCCUCAAAUAAUGAUGAUGGCUCUCAAUAUACAAAGCCCCAUGUUACAUUCAUUAGUGAAGUAGAACCGCCAAAGGAACGGAAAGACAGACAGCAUGUUGAAGUGCAGGUUGAAUUGGCUUGGCGGUUAGGUGAAGGAGAACUACCCGAGCAUGUUCGUCGUCUAACAGAAGAGCAUACACGCUUACAGACAGAGCACGCUCGAGCUCGUGCUCGUUUAGAAGAAAUGGAAAAGCUCCAGAGUGAAGUGGAGUCACUGAGGAUGUCUUUACAAGAAGAAAAAAUGGAAAAGGAAGAAGUUCAAGGUGAACUUGACAGGACAUCCCAGCGUGUCAAAGAAAUGCUUGCAUCAAUGGAAGGAGUUGAACAUGAAUUCAACAGCCGUGGUGAUAGUCUAAUUGAGUUGGAGUCUCAGUUGCAUCACUCAGCCAAUGUUCACAUCCAAAUGCAAGAGAAACUCAAUCAGUAUGAGGAGUUUGCUGUAAAAAUUAAAAGAGACCUGGACAAGAGCGUUGCAGCCCAGAAGACGCUCUUGCAGCAGGUUCAAGACUUGGAAAACGAGGGACGGGAAAUAUCAGAUUUUAUGGCAGAAGAAAAAAACGCCCUUGCUGAAUGCCUUCGUGAAGCUGAGACUGAACUUGCGAGGCUACGUGAUGAAUGCAAGCAGCUAUCAGCUAAAUACAAACAAAAGGAUGAGGAAGCAAGACACAUGGUGCGCCUUGCUGAAGAACGAAAGAAUAAGUGCAUGGCUCUGCAAGCAGAGAUUUGUUCUAUACAGUCUCGUACUCGUGAUAUGAUGGUGUGUCAAGGAGCAGAAGUCUCUGGUGCUGCAGUGUCCCUUGCCAACUUAUCUUCACGACUGCAAACUUUGAUUGACAAACUUGUUCAAGAUUAUUCAAUUACUGAGUCUGAUCUUGAGAUGAUAGUUACACCAACCGAAUCAGACAGCAGUGCCUCCUCUACAAAUGGGACGCCAGAACGCAAAUCUCCCUACAAGGUGUCUGCACGAACGCCUUCCCCUCGUAAAACUGCCUCGUUUAUAUCCGCCCUUUUACAUGCAAUGCGUGGCAGUCCAAAAGAAAAGAUGAAUCAGCUUGGUGGGACUUCACACUGUAAUGGAACUAGUAAACAGAUAACAGAAGGCAGAAACUCGCCAGAGGGAUCAGAAAGUAUUGACCUGGAACCUGAGGGAGUCAAAAGUACUUUAGGAUCUCCACCAUCUGCCAGCAACAGUGUAUCUCUAGCAGAUCAAGUAACAGAGGUUGACAUCCUACUGACUCGUUUCCUCAAGGUUUGCUGUGUACUCAAGAAUGACACAGACAACCGCUUAGGGGAGAUAGAAGACGAAAACGAUCGUCUCUGCAGUCAGAUUAGAUCUCAGCAGGUUAUCAUUGAUCAACAACAUUCAGAUUAUGAGAAUCUCAGUCGCUCUGAAGCAAGGGCCAAGCGCGAGCUUAUGGUUGUCUCUAGGGAUCUAGAUUUAACUACUCAGAAGCUGAACAAGUAUUACCAGGAAGAUUAUGAACUUCAAGUUAAGCCUGUGUGGGUAGAUAAACUAGAAGAGGAAGUUGAAAGACUUGGAACAACUGUGCGCCACUUAGAAGCCUUAAAUACAGAGAAGGAGCAGCAGUUGGCUACUUCAUUAGCAUCCCUUUCAGCAGCUCAAGGCCCUGUUCCCCCAAACCAUGUCUCUUUGGCUGUGCAUCAGCAAGAAAUUGGUACUCUUAAUGAUAAGGUUACAUCAUUACGCCAGAGUGUCAUAGAGAGAGAUAGGAGAAUCAGUGAACUUAGUGAGCGGCAUUCAGAAGACCUAGCUAGCAUUCGUGAGGCCCAGCUAGAAGCCCAAAAAUGUAAUCGACGCAUGGCAUCAACUGUUGAGCAUGUGCUGAAGCCCGUUGGUUCACACUGGAAAUCGGUGCCAAAGACAUUCCGAAAGGUCAGCAUCAGACCUUAUAAUCCUCGGGUUCCAAGACUUUGGAAAAUGUCCCCGAUAUUGUCUCCGGAAAUUCAACCCUUAAACAGCUGUUUGCCACCCUGGCAGCCACUGAAAAGUCAACCCUGCAGCAGAAUGGAAAUGCCAUCAAUAAGAAUGUCAACAAUAAAGACUUGAAUGCAAAUCCACAAACUAUAAUCCCCAUGGGCAUCAAUAAUAAAAAGCUUUCGCCCACACUGCAAACUGAAACACACCUCUGAGAAAGCGAUUAAGACUGGAAUUACACUAAGGAAUCAGAGGGUAAAAGAAGAAAUUCAGUUUGAGUUGUUUUGCUAAGGGUAUAGUUGACUGUAACUUGGUUGUUAGGUUAUACUGAGUUCUUUAAGUAUUUUAGUACAUAUUCUUUCCAGUGAAAGAAAUUUUACCACAAUGUGGAUUAAUUUUUUUUUGUUUAUCUUACCUCAGAUCAACAUCUGUUUAACAGUAUGGACAUUUAGUUUAUUUUCUGUUCAAUCUUAUACUAUAUAGUAGUGUACUUGAGUAUAUGAAAAGGUUUUUUUCAUUUAUUUUCAUUUCCUCUGUUUCUUUAGUGUGGUUUUGGUCUUAAUAGACUUUGACUUAACUAAUGAUGACCAACAGAGCUCCUUUGAGCUUUGCCAUUAAAAUAAUAUGACCUUUGUAGAAGUUAAUGAAUCAAUAAAUAUAAGGGAAAUUUCUUUGGACGUUAUUUAAGUGACAAUUUCACAUUUACUGUACCCCUUAUAGAUUCAUUAAGUAAAUUAUUGACGUCCAUAUUUAAUAUAGAAGCAUAAUAUCAAAUGGUAAAACACUGAAUGCAUGCAAAUUACAUAGACAUUUUUCAGUAUGAAUAAGUGCACUCUGUUUAAACUUCUGUAUGUUAGUCAGCAAGAUUAUGUAAGAACCACCCAUCAUAUUAUCUAAUGGGGAUGUGUCUUGAAUUGUUACUUCAUCCAUUGUUAAGGGGUAACUUUACAAAUCAUAUGACUACAUUUUGCCAUGUCACAUAAUCUUAAUAAAUUUGGCAAAAGUCUGAUAUUUUACACAAACCCACAUCCUAUUUAUCUCCUCUAAAUAGUAUGUACAAGUAAUCCAGUACAGCAUAGUGUAAUUGUGCCUUUUGGUUGUGAAUGCUAUAAAGAGCUUAUGAUUAAAAAGAAAUUUGUAAUCAGGAAGUUUCUAUUGUAUAGGUUCAUUUAAGUAUUGCAUGUUUCUGUGUCAGGUAAAUCAACCUAUUUGUUUUUACUUCCAUAAAUCAGUGAUAUUCUUGCAAAUAUUUCAGGUAUCUGAAAUUGUUAGACAUUAGGAGAUAAAGCCUUGCUCAUCUGAUAAGUCUGUAUUGUUACAUACAGGAGAUUUAGGCAAAUAGAAUAUUCUUUGCAUCCAACUCCUCAAAACUGAUGAGUACUGUACACAAAGGUUGUUGAUCACAACAUUUUUCCUUUGACUCUUUGCUUCUGUCACAAGAGCUUUGGAAGUAUGGUCUGUAAAUGAAAAGCUUUAAACAUGAGCUCGCAAUCCUUCUCGGUUGUCGUAUGUGUCCUUUCCUUCCUUCCUACUUAAAGGUUUUGAAAUGUUACCAUUACCUUCAUUCUUUGUAUUCCUGUAACCUGUCUUUUAAAAGGUGGGUCCAUUACAUCUGGAAUCACCCUAUCUAUCUCCCUUCGUCUUCAUUUUUCUUGUUUUCUUGUAUGCCUGGACAUUGAAAGGGAUUUGUCUUGCCUUUUCUGUCAACCUUAACUUGGAAAAUACAUAUGGAGAAGUAAAGUGGACUGUUUAAAGUUUAUUUAAAAAAUGCUGAGCUUAAGCAGUAUUGGACUGGGAACUUUCUAAUGUUGAACUGGAAAAACAAGGAGCUUUAGCAAAACGCAUUAAUCUAUAGUAAAUGUGGAGAUUCUCAUUGUUUUUUGAGGUGUAGUAUGCAAAAUAGAAGAUAUAUAUAGAUAUAUAUUGACAUAUUAAAUUUUUAAAGCUAAGCACCACCAGAUAUUUAUUAGUUCAAGUUAUAUAUGAAUGGUGUGUUAUCAAAGCACAAGUCUAAACCAAAGUCUCUCUAUAUGUAGAUUUAUAUUACAUAGCAGAAGCAGUCUAUUACAAGCGUUGCUUCAUUUUUACUCAAUGCUCCCUGUGAUCAUGAAAGUAAGAGUAAUUUUUAUUAUUAUUCUUCAAGCAGCAAUUGUUUUUAACUGUUUUGCUACAUAUUUUUCACAAGAGUCAUUUGGUUAAUUAUUAUAUUAACCAAAUUGUCUGUCCACUUAAAUUGUGCAUACUGUAUUUUUGUGAUUAAUAAUACCUGACUAUUUUCAAACUUAAAUACUUACUUUUUGUAAAUAUAGAAAAUGCAAUUGGAAUUUCUGCCUCAGGCUCAGAUCUGCACCUCUGCAGCUAGAUUAGAUUAGUUUUAUUGAUCUCGUUAUUGGUUUUGUUUUUGCAUAAUUGCCUAAAUUGUAUUUUGUACUUAGCUUUUUAUUAAUAAAGAAAUUUAAGUAGCAAGAA